GGGAACCGUUGUGCAACGCAAACACCCGUGAAAACCGACCGUUAGCGGCAACGUUAGGUAACGUUAGCUUACAAAGCUCUUAAAAAUAAGUUGUACUGAUUGUGUUGUAUUGUCGUUUUGGUGAAAUAGUCUUUCAUCCGUUGCCAUGUAAGUACCUUAACAGUAACGUCUCAGUGUGUUAAAAACAGUGACCGAGAUAAUUAACCUAACGUUAGCCAAUUAGUUAAAACAGUAACGUAGUGGUAAUAAGCCAACUAGUUAGCUAACUAGCCAAAUCAAUCCAUAAGGACGACGUUCUUCCGCCUCACACGGUUUUUCGCUCUGGUUUUCUUUUUUUUAUGCAGCUUUUAUAUUUUAUCCUCUCACCACUGCAAUGGCCUGCCUACAGCAAGUUACCGCAUCCCAGGUUCCCAACCAGGUCGUCCCCGAGCUGCAGUCUCUGGUUGUCAUGAAGAAGCUUCUGGCCAUCGCGGUGUCCGGCAUCACAUACCUGCGGGGGAUUUUCCCGGGCAAGGCCUACGGCGCUAAAUAUCUCGCAGGUCAGAAAGUGAUGAUCCUUAGAGAGGAGCGCAGCUGUCCCGGUGCCAGUCAGAUAGUUCAAUGGAUGAUGGGAUGCUUUGAGGCCAUCCAGAAGAAGUAUCUGCGCACCGUCAUAAUGUCUAUCUACACUGAUCCAGAGAACCCUCAGAAGGUGACUGAGUGUUACCAGUUUAGGUUCCAAUACACAGUAGAAGGAGCUCAGAUGGACUUUGAAAGCAGCAACAACGACAACAAGGUGUCGUCGAUGCUGUGCGACGACACAAAGAAGGCCAGCAUCCUGCUGGUGAGGAAGCUCUACACUUUGAUGCAGAACCUGGGUCCUCUUCCAGACAAUAUCUGCCUCAACAUGAAGCUGGCGUAUUACGAAAACGUCACUCCUCAGGACUACCAGCCGCCCGGAUUCAAGGAGGCCGACACCGACACCCUGGAGUUUGGCACAGAGAUGGUGGAGCUCACCAUGGGCCAGGUGGCCACUCCCUUCCAUUCUCUGAGGGUGGACAUGACCACGGAGAGACACAGACUGGAGCAGGUGGAGGCAAGUGUUCGUGUGACGGAGAAGUGGCUUUUGAAGAGAGAUGAGAUUGGAAUACAAACAGUUCACACUCAGCAGGAUAAAGCUCAUCUGAUUGAAGACGUGGAGAAGCCCGACAGCGAGGACGCAGACUUGGACAACACUGUGAUUCAGCUGAGCAGUUAUGAGAAGACGGAGAGCUGGGAGAAAGCCACAGAGAUGGACACUAAGGACAAGAAGUCGCCCGACGUGGACAAAAGGAGGAGGACCAGGAGCAGGCGGAACAUCGAGUCUGUGAAGGUCUCUCAGUACGAAAUCCCCAGCAGCCAGGACACGCCGUCCACCUCCGAGGGGAGGAAGAGGUGCAAAUUCAGCGAGCCCAAGGAGCGCUUCUGACCUCACCCCCCCACUCCUCCCCCUACCACCCCCCUCGGCCCCCUCCCACCACGCCAAAGUAUCUGUUUUACAUUGCAUGUUUUUUAAAAGUUGCACAGCCGUUGCUCUUUUUUAAAGGGAAUCCCGCAGCUUGUUGCUUUUGUUUGUUGCACCAGUUUGUUUGCUGUGUAGUUUGUUUGAAUCGAAGCCCAAUCUAAGAUGUGGAUUUGCAGUCAGACUGCUGUUAAACAAACAUAUUCAGUAUCACGGUAUUUCGUUUGUUUUACGGUUCCUCCUUUACUAACCAGGACUUCAUACGACAAAGGUCACUUGGGCUUAAAGUCUGAUGUGUGUUGUGUUUCUAUCAAUGAACACAAUGUGUGUGCAGCAUGCAGGUGGGUGCGGCCUCUGAUUUGUUAGUUUGAAGGAAAUGAUUAUAUUCCCUCUCUUUUAACCAGAAUUUGGAGGAUGAACGCUUGUUGUAAUGCACUCAUCGCCUUAUCUAAUAAAGAUAAAUAUAAAAGGCAAAUAUAGUUUUUUUGUAGUUUAUGGAGAAUAAGCACCUAAUUGUCUUAUAACCACAAACUAUUUUAUCGAAGUGUGAUGGAGUUCGAUUUGCCCUUUCUGUUUUAUGUGAGCGCUUCUUCCAACAGUCGUAUCACUACGGUUACGAGCAGUCCGUUAGGAGUAGGCAGGCAGCCGAUGGCAGUUUAACAGAUACUAGGAUGCACACACACACACACACACACUCCAGUUGCAUGAUCAUCCUAGCGCGUCCUAUCCUGAUGAUAAUUAUCCACUGUAACCUGUAAUUUUCCU